CUGACGUCGAUCACGGAAGUAAACAUAAAGGUGAGAGGUUUAAAAGCUGCGUCACAAAGUUCCUCACAGUUUCAGAGUCCGAAAGUCUCUUAAACUGCGUGUUUUCUGCCCGGAGUCUGGUCCAGUGUGAGUCCGCUCAGAGUCUACAGUCUCCCCGGUACCGGAGCUGGUUAAAGUGCGUGUUUUCUGCCCGGAGUCUGGUCCAGUGGGAGCAUGGCGGUGACGGUCAAGGCCUACCUGAUGGGGAAAGACGAGGCGGUGAAGGAGGUCCGGAGGUUCGCGGUGGAUCAGGAAGUUUCCUCCAGCUUCGAGUACCUGAGCAAGAAAACUGCGAGUGUGUUUAACAACAUGAAGAACUGCUUCAACAUGUACUACAGAGAUGAAGAUGGAGACCUCGUGGCCUUCUCCUCUGAUGACGAGCUGAUGAUGGGUCUGGCCUGUAUGAAGGACGCCACCUUCCGUCUCUACAUCAAAGAGAAGAAGGAGAACCGUAGAGACUUCCCUCUCCACGCCUUCCCCCCCUUUACCUUCGGCCACCCCCCCCCUCCUGGAGCCCCGAUGGCCCCGCCCCCCCACAUGGCCCCGCCCCCCCUGCACGGUGAUGUCACCUGUGACGGCUGCGAGGGCCCCGUGGUGGGAACUCGCUUCAAGUGUUCGGUGUGUCCCAACUACGACCUCUGCUCGGCCUGCCAGGCCCGCGGCACGCACACGGAGCACGCCCUGCUGCCCAUCUGGCACCCCCUGCAGUGGUUUCCUCGGGGGAAGUGGAUGAAGAGGAUGAGACACUGCAUGUGGAACCAGACCCUGAACCAGAACCUGAACCAGAACCAGGAUCGGGACCAGGACCAGGACCAGGACCAGGACCAGGACCAGGAUGGAUCCUCCAGGCCCGCUGGUGACUGCAGCACCCCCUCUGCGUCCGAGGCCAACGUGGACUUCCUGAAGAACAUCGGCGAGGGCGUGGCGGCCAUGCUGAGCCCACUGGGUAUUGACGUGGACAUUGACGUGGAACAUGACGGAAAGAUGACCAAGGUGACCCCUCCCUCUCAGAGUGGGGGGGUGAAGGGAGACGGGGGCGGAGCCAGCAGUGGAGGCGGAGCCAACACUGGGGGUGGAGCCAGCAGUGGGGGCGGAGCCAGCAGCGAGGGGUCAAAGGUGCGGAGAGACUCGGAGGAGGAGUGGACUCACCUGAGCCCCAAAGAGGUUGACCCGUCCACCGGAGAGCUGCAGUCCCUCAGAGACCAGGACCAGGACCAGGGCCAGGACCAGGGCCAGGGUCCCACGUCCGGUCCAACAGGCCUCAGGGAGGCGGCUCUGUACCCCCACCUGCCCCAAGAGGCGGACCCCCGCCUGGUGGAGUCUCUGUCUCUCAUGCUGUCGAUGGGUUUCACCGACGAAGGCGGCUGGCUGACUCGGCUCCUUCAGGCCAAAGACUUCGACAUCGGCGCCGCGCUGGACGCCAUCCAGUACGCCAAACAGCCCCGCCCACACCAGCCCUGAUGAUGUCAUCACCA